UAAACAUUUUCUUGUGUUUUGUAGUUAUUUUUCUGUGCGGUGCGAUGGGACAGCAGAAGAAGAAACCCCCUCCUGGCUUUGUCAAAGUCGUGAACGUUACUGAAGGUUCAAACGUGACCAGGUUUGACCAGAUGGUUGAAAUAAAAGACGGGAAGUACUGGGUGGGCACGGAUGACGAGAAGGCGCCCGACACGGAGAGACCUCGCCGGAAGACUCAUCUGAAGGCUUUCCGGGUAGACCUGUAUCCCGUCACCAACCAACAGUUUCUAAAAUUCAUCAGGUCGAAAGGAAAACGCUUCAAGACGGACUCAGAAAAGAUCGGGUGGAGUUACGUGUUUCAUGAUCUUGUGUCUGAAGAGGUGAAGCAGAAUUUUACGGUAGAAAACGUUACACAGCCGGCAGGACCAAGAUCAAAUAUCCUGGACAAGUUACAACACCCUGUCGUGCACGUGCGGUGGACCGAUGCGGCGGCGUACUGCUACUGGGCGGGCAAGCGCCUCCCCACCGAGGAGGAGUGGGAGGUGGCCGCGAAGGGAGGGCUGGACGGGAGGAAACUGCCCUGGGGAGGCCGCUACUCACCGCAAAGGCUGAACAUCUGGCAGAUAACAACACUCUUGAAGAUGGGCAUUUCUCGACGUCAUCCGUUCUGUCGUUCCCAGAGCAGAAUGAUUACGGUGGGGCGUAUGUAUGACGUAGUGGGGAACGUGUGGGAAUGGACCAGCUCACAAUACGUCCCACCGGGCAUGCGCAAAGAGGAUGCGGAUGCGAAGGAGUACGUGGUGAGGGGAGGGUCAUGGCUCGACUCUAAGGACGGCUCAUUCAACUACAGGGUCCAGGUCACUACCAGGAAAGGACAAGCAUCUGACAUCGGCUGCGACCACGUGGGUUUCCGCUGCGCCCAGUCGGUGGUGCCGACAUCUAGCGACAAGGUGCGGUACGUCAGCAAGGUUAACCUGACCAAUCAGGCCAAGAGGCCAAAGGUCAGGCACCUGAAGGACCAGAAGAAAAAGAAGAGACCCCCGCCUCCUCCCCCUACCCCGGCCCCCCGGAGGACCAACACCCCCCGACCCAGGGGGAAACCGAGGAAGAGCAAGAGGGGGAAGAGGAACGACGAAUUGUAGCCUGCAGAAGUCAACAAUACCUCUUCCAGCUUAAUUCAAAUUCAAACUUUAUUCAUCAACUUGGUAGUCCUUAGAAUUAGACUGAAUUGCGUUGAUUGUACAAUUUUGCCGAUUAUAAAA